AUGGAGCAGCACAUCAACCUUCAUAAGCACUUCUGUCCACAGCUGUAUGGUAAGUUCAAGUUAAACGGUGCAUCAGAGAACUGGUGCUGCACUGCUCUGGGUGGGCUGGAUGGCCGUGUGUCCUUCAUAGGCCACCAGCUGGGGGGGGUGUCCUUUUCUGCCAACAGCCGCGACCAGCAGGUCAAGUUUGCCCGCGCUGUCCAGAUCACCUACUACCUCCGCAAUCACGGACCAGUGGUGCAGGAUGCCAUCGCCGAACGCUGGGAGAACGAGUUCUGCUCCCUGGUCAGCCGGCUGUCCACGGCCGAGGCGCCCCACGCGUCGGACCAGCUCCACAUCCAGUCGCUCACUUCCUUCAGCCUGUGGCGGGACUUCCACCAGACGGGCGUGCUGGCCAAGGGGGAGGUGCUGGUCAGCCUGGUGCUGGUGCUCCUGGCCGCCACCAUCUCCAGCUCCAUGCGGGACUGCCUGAGGGGGAAGCCAUUCCUGGGCCUGCUGGGCGUGCUCACCAUCUGCAUCGCCAACGUGACGGCCGCGGGGAUCUUCUUCAUAUCGGAUGGCAAGUUCAACUCUACACUGCUGGGGAUCCCAUUCUUUGCCAUGGGCCAUGGAACCAAAGGGGUGUUCGAGCUGCUGGCAGGCUGGAGGAGAACAAGGGAAAAUCUCCCCUUCAAGGAGCGCGUGGCGGACGCUUUUGCUGAUGUGAUGGUGUGCUACACCAUGACCAGCUCACUCUACAUCAUCACCUUUGGUAUGGGAGCUAGCCCUUUUACGAACAUCGAGUCAGUUAAAAUCUUCUGUCAGAGCAUGUGUGUUGCCAUCCUGGUCAACUACUUCUACGUUUUCUCUUUCUACGGCUCGUGCCUGGUCUUUGCUGGACAGCUGGAGCAGAACCGCUACCACAGUGUUUUCUGUUGUAAAAUUCCCUCAGUGGAGUACCUGGACCGCCAGCCCACAUGGUUUAAAACCAUGAUGAGUGAUGGCCAUGACUUGUCCACGCAUCACGACAGCGUCCCCUACCAGAAUCACUUCAUCCAGCACUUCCUGCGUGAGCACUACACAGAAUGGAUUACCAACACCUAUGUCAAACCCUUUGUGGUCAUUCUAUAUCUCAUCUACGCCUCUUUCUCAUUCAUGGGAUGUUUACAAAUCAGUGAUGGCUCAAACAUCGUGAACCUGCUGGCUAGUAACUCUCAGAGUGUUUCGUAUGCACUGACCCAGCAGAAGUACUUCAGUAACUACAGUCCCGUGAUUGGGUUUUACAUUUAUGAGCCCAUCGAGUACUGGAACUCAACGGUGCAGGAGCACCUGAAGACUCUAAGUCAUGGCUUCAACAAGAUCUCUUGGAUGGACAACUUUUUCCACUACCUACGGGUGGUGAAUGUGAGUGCUUCAACCAAGAGCGACUUUAUCACCAUCCUGAAGGGCUCCUUCCUGCGCAGCCCGGAAUACCAGCACUUCACUGAGGACAUCAUAUUCUCCAAGAACCGUGAGACCGAUGAGUACGACAUUAUUGCCUCCCGGAUGUACUUGGUGGCACGGACAACAGAGAAGAAGCGGGAAGAGGUUGUGGAGCUUCUGGAAAAGCUUCGUCCGUUGAUGCUGAUCAACAGCAUCAAGUUCAUUGCCUUCAAUCCUACGUUUGUGUUCAUGGACCGCUACAGCUCCUCCGUCAUCUCACCCAUCCUGACCUCAGGCUUCAGCGUACUCACAAUCCUCAUCCUCACUUUCUUUCUGGUCAUCAACCCCUUGGGGAACUUCUGGCUCAUCCUCACGGUAACGUCCGUGGAGCUCGGUGUCUUGGGUUUGAUGACCCUCUGGAACGUUGGCAUGGACAGCAUCUCAAUCCUGUGCCUUAUUUAUACACUCAACUUUGCCAUGGAUCACUGUGCACCACACCUGUACACUUUUGUGCUAGCCACUGAGCACACUAGGACGCAGUGCAUCAAGUUGGCACUGGAGGAGCACGGGGCUGCAAUCCUGCAGAACGCGUCCUGCUUUGUGAUCGGUAUCAUGCCCCUGGUGUUUGUGCCUUCCAAUCUGACCUAUACACUGUUCAAGUGCUCCCUCCUCACCGCGGGCUGCACUGUGUUGCACUGCUUUGUCAUCCUGCCCGUCUUCCUGACCUUCUUCCCGCCGUCAAAAAAGAGACACAAGAAAAAGAAACGGGCCAAGCGCAAAGAGCGGGAGAGGGAGCGGGAGAGGGAAAGAGAAAGGGAGGAGAUAGAGUGCAUCGAAGUCAGGGAGAUUCCUGAUCAUGUCACAAAUGUCUGAGUAGUUUGUAAUUUUAGCAAUGAGUGUCAGUGGUUAUCCGUCAGUUAUUGGUGGAUUAGAGGUAUUCUCCAAUGCUGAGUUGCCUCUAGAGGUGCAGGGGAGUCCGAGAUGUCCCCUGAGGAGUGGGAACUGGUCACUCCCAACCAAUAGCAGCUAGGCCGGCCAGAGUAGAGCGCAGCCCCACUGGUCAGUCAUUCAGUCCUUCAGUCUGGACAGUGUAUCUCAUUUGCACAAACUGCAAUAAGCUCACGGUUCCAAACCUCUUUCUCAACUAUUUGGUUUGUGAAAAAAAGUUAGUUCCCAGAUCCAAUGCUUGCUAAAUCUGUAAGUACAUUCUAAAUAAACACUGAUACUGAAAAUAUUAGCAAUUUUAUAUUCAUCUCCCUAAGCCCAUAUCUCAAAAGUGGUGAGUGAGGAUCAUAGCAGUCUGUUAAGCCAAGGACAUACAGUACAUGUUGUUGAAAGUAGUUGCAGUAAGUGUGAUCAUACAAAAGUGUACAAAUUAAACUGUCCAUGCAUCUUACUCACACCUGGAUAGCAGCAACUUUCCAAUACCAAAUUCUUUGGAAAGAGAGAAACUGUGAAAGUACACUGCAAGCUUUUCUGUGACAUCAAAUAUAGCUGAACAGCUGAACUUGGCAGAUGGCAUACACUGUGUCCAUUAUGAAGAAUUAUCUUGCACAUUGCAUUGUGAGAAUAGAACUAUUGAGGUUUAUAUUAGCAAGAGACCCAUAUUUCUGCCUUUUUCCAGAGAUCCUAUAAGGUUGUAUGCAAUGGUAAAAAGAACUGCAGUGGGCUGCAGCUAUGAAGAGGAAGUGAUAAGUGACUGUUUAACAGCAGUAUAUGAAAAUGCAGUAAGCUUGAGUAUGACUUAAGUAACUGCUUUUGCACCAGACCAGUAAAACCAAAAGUGAAGAGUGUUUCAAAGCCUUGAAAUAUUUAAUUUUCUAGCAGGUUGAUAACAAUGGACAGUUUCUGUGAGAGUAUGAAUGUCUCUGUGAUCCACUUACAAAAGCUUACUGGCAUGGGACUGGUAAUUGGAAGGUCUGAAUGUGAUUCAAGCUAGCAGUGGUGCCAAAUAGUGUACAUAUUUCUGUUUGUUUGACAGAGUUCUAUAACAACCACAAAGGCUCAGUAAGUUUAAAACUUUCAAAUAUAAAUCAAGCAUUAAUCAUGAAUUAUGCAGGAUAAUUGAAAUGAUUUCUAUUUAAUGUUGUUGAGGUUUGUUGAGCAGAUUAUGAAGCAGGCUUUAAAUGAAAACGUACACUGUGUCUGAAGUGGAACCAGAACCUCAGAGUUUUGUUCCAGAAGAAAAUAGCAUUCAAAAUGAUUGCCAUUUGUAAUGAAUCAAAUGACUAUAAAUCCAUCCCUACAACAUAACCUGUUGUAUGUCGUUCACUACAUUGGUUUAGACUUGAAUAGUAUGUUUUACAAGAAAAAUGCAUAAUCAUUGUUAAUUUAACAUCUGUGUUUUUACCAGCCUUUAAAGCUGCACUUAUCAAUAUUUUCAUGUUGACAAUGGAUUAAAAUAUAAAGUGUAGA